CACAGAAAAGUGUCGGUCCUUUCGAAGUGUUUUUAUUUUUCCACGUUUUACCAACUGCAUGCAAUACUUCAUAUUUAACCCACAGAAAAACGACAACUGUGGACAUUAAAGGAGGAAUUAAAUAGGAAGAAGCGUCAAACGCAGGAACCAGAGCGGCUCUCCCACAGCUGGACCACAGCUGUUCCCACAGUGACGCGGAAGUUACCUGUUUGCUGCUCAGCAGUUUCAGACAUUUGUACCUGAAAACUGUCAGUGGACUAGAGAUGCCUCGAAGAAAGAGCCAUCAACUGGGUGACCUCCAAGGGCUGCUGCCCCCGAUAUCUGCACCAACCACAUCAGACACGGCACCAACACAAGUUAGGACAGGUCUCGAUGUCCAGCAGAUGUUGUUACUUAAAGAAGAGAGCUCAAGUCAUGAUCAGCAGGAUUUGGUCCUCCUCCACAUAAAGGAGGAAGAGGAGGAACUCUUGACCAGCCAGGAGGGAGAGCAGCUUCAUGGUAUACAGAAAGCUGAUAUCACCAGUUUCCCCAUCACUGCUGUUUGUGUAAAGAAUGAAGAUGAUGAAGAGAAACCUCACCUCCUACAUUUUCAUCAAACACCAGCUGAAGACAACAGAGAAGCUGAGCCUUCAACCAGCAGCUCAGCCAAACAGAUUAAAGCAGAAGGUGAUGGAAAGGACUACAAAGAGCCAGAACCAGCCACAAACCCAAAUCCAAAUAAUAAUUUACAACCCAAUAUUAAUGUAAAACGUUCAGACUUGUAUGGAGCUGAUGAUUGGCAGGAACCCCUGACAGAACCUGAACCUGAAAGUGAAGAUAGUGAAGAGUCAUUUGCAAAUAGUGAUGCCAAAAAGCCCUUGAUCUGUUUUGAGUGUGGUAAGCAGUUUCUCCAUGACUGGUCACUUCAGAGACACAUCAGACUUAAGUCAGGGAAAAGAGCUUCAAACUGUGAUGUCGGUGAUAAAAGCUCUGGAGUGAACCAAAAUGCAGAUUCACAGGGGACAGUUCAAACAGAAGAGAAACCAUUUGGCUGUGAUGUUUGUGGACAAAGGUUUCAGCUGAAUGUGAAUCUUAAGGUGCACAUGAAAGUCCACACUGGAGAGAAACCAUUUAGUUGCAAUAUCUGUGAAAGAAAAUUUAGACAUCAAUGUAACCUUAAGACACAUGUGAGAAUUCACACCGGAGAGAAACCAUUUGGCUGUCGCCUGUGUGAUAAAAAGUUUACACAGAGUGUACAUUUAAAGACGCACAUGAGAAGCCACACGGGAGAGAAGCCAUUUUUUUGUGACGUCUGUAGUAAAAGCUUUUCACGACUGAGGAUUCUGAAAUCGCACAAGAGAGUCCACACAGGAGAGAAACCAUUCGACUGUGAUGUUUGUCGUAAAAGAUUUUCACAACUAGGUGAUCUAAAGAGACACAAACGUGUCCACACGGGAGAGAAACCGUUCAGCUGUAGUGUUUGUGGUAAAAGAUUUGCACAGAGGAUGCAUUUCAAGACACACAUGAGAAUCCACACAGGAGAGAGACCUUUCGGUUGUGAUGUUUGUGGCAAGAGCUUUAACUGUAAGAGAAAUCUGAAGACACACAUCAGAGUCCACACGGGAGAAAAGCCAUUUGGUUGUAAUGUUUGUAAUAAAAGAUUUUCACAGCCAGGAAUUUUAAAGAGACACAUGAACAUCCACACAGAAGUUAGGAAAUUUGUACCCGGUAAAUCAAGAGGAGUCUAUUUGAGGUUGCUCAAAUCUAAACCAGCCACAUCAGAAACGGAGCAGCUAGCCAUCAGAAACAGACAAGAUGGCAUUGUGAUCAUUGUGAGAGUAGCUACCAGGCGGAAGAGAGCAUGGAGUGGUGGUCUUAUGGAGGAAUGUGUGAAUAAGAAGGAGACAUGGAAAGGUGAACCUGCAAUGAGCACAGCUAUCCAGGUUGAUGAAGGUGUUUCGUCAAACCCCAGUCUGGAGCAGAAGGACCCAGACCUCCUUCACAUGAAGGAGAAACAAGCGAAACUCAUCACCAGUCAAGAAGGAGAGCAGCUUAAUGGUCUGAAGGAGGCCAGCCUCUCACAGCUUCAUCAAAGACUGACCAAGGACCACUGCAAGGCAGAUGUUCCAUUCUUUAGCUGCUCUGAGUGUGAUAAACAAUACCUCUACAAGCGAUCUCUUCAGAGGCACAAGAAAAGUCAUUCAGCAGAAAACUCUCCCAGCUGUUUGGUUAAUGAGAAAGCUUCCAGACUGGAGGAAAAUGUAGUUGACACAAAUGUCCAGCAGAUGUUGCCAGUUAAAGAAGGGCUUCUAUGGACUCCAGGUUGGGACCAGCAGGACCCAGACCCACUCCACAUAAAGGUGGGACAGAAGCGUAACAGUCUGGAUAAGGCUGAUAUCAUCAAGUUUCCAUUCACUGGUGAAGAUGAUGAGUUCGCGCAGCUUCAUCAAAGCACAGGACAAACAGAGUCUCCAACCAGCUUCUCAGCUAAGGAGAUUAAAGCAGAAAGUGAUGAGGAGGAUGGGAGAGGACCAGAACCAGCCUCCUACUUAGAACCAAAUGCUAAUUUACAAGCAAAUGCUACUGGAAAGGCUUUAGACUUUCACCAGACAGAAGUUGAUGUUAAAUGUCAUGCGCCUCUUUUCAAUUUUGAAUCUAAAACUGAAGGUGGUGAAAAGGGUUGGAAGGAGAAUGGGCCAUGUCAAUCAGAGGUGCGUCCUCACGGCACCACAGAACACGCCCCACCACAUACCCCCAUCGCCUGA